AUGAGGAAAGCGUACACAGUGCAAGAAAAGCUAGACGUUGUGAAGAAAGUUAGAGAUGGCGCUUCACAGGCCAGCGUGAGCCGCCAGUCCGGCGUUCCAGCAGGGACCAUCAGGGGGUGGAUAAAGAAUGAAGAAAAACUUCAGUCAGCCGCCGCCGAAUGCCACGACAGCAAAGGACCGCAGACGAAGAGGAUCCGUGGAGCCGACGACACCACUCUGGACAAGGCCUUAUUCGAGUGGUUCACGCAAUCCAGACACGAUGGUAUUCCCCUUUCGGGUGAAAUACUUAAGGUCCAGGCCCAGAAGAUGUCGAGGCAGAUAAACAGGGACGACGACACCUUCAAGGCAAGUGAUGGCUGGUUGUGGAGGUUCCAGCGACGUCACGGGAUCAAGUCCAUCACCGUCAGCGGGGAAUCUAAAUCUGCCAAUGUUGAAUCUGCUGCGGCAUAUCCAACGAUACUACGAGACAUCAUUGACACGGAAGGCCUGCAGAUUUACAACGCAGAUGAGACCGGCCUGUACUAUCGGAUGCUCCCAGACAAGACUCUCGCCGAGAAAAAUGACCCCAGGCAGAAGACAGGGUUCAAGAAGGCCAAGCAACGUGUUACAGUGCUGCUUGCUUGUAACAAGACCGGACGCCAUAAGUUGAAGCCACCUGUUAUAGGAACAUCGAAGAACCCCCGCGCCCUCCACCACGUGAACCGCUCUACGCUGCCAGUGGUCUACCAAAGUUCCAAGAAUGCGUGGAUGACGGCAUACAUCUUCAAAGACUGUUUUUUUAAGAAUUUCAUCCCCGCGGUACGUCAUUACCUGAGACAACAAAAACUCAAAGAAAAAGCAAUCCUGCUUUUGGAUAACUGCCCAGCCCACCCCCCUGCCUCAACGUUGUCUUCACACGACGGCAAAAUCAAGGCCGUUCUCCUGCCGAAAAACACAACGUCAAUAAUACAGCCCUUGGAUCAAGGUAUAAUAAAGGCAUUUAAAUCACACUGCAAGAGGAAACUUAUCACCCAUUUGCUGGAUUCCGCCAUGCCCCCAACAGACUACAUUAAGACGGUCACCAUGAAGGACGUAAUCUUCACAACACAUUACGCAUGGAGUCAGAUUACGACAAGCACCAUUGACAAUUGCUGGAGAAAGGGACUGGGCAAAGCCUUUGAUGAAGAUUUUCUGGGUUUCACAGAAACGGACAUAACCGAGGCUGUUGCGAAGUACAAAGACUAUGCCGGCGAAGAAGCACUCGAUGUCGAUCUGUCUUCGGUUGAACUCGGGGUCGCAUGCGACAAUGACCUCCCGACCUCAGAAAGCAAAUCCGAUGACCAGCUGAUCGAGGACGCCCGAUCAAGAAGCGAUGAUGAUGAUGAUGAAGAUGAAGAUGCUGAACCAUUACAGCCGCCUCCCGGUGUCCCCCGACGUACAGCGGAAGAAGCGUUAGCCUGUUUGGAGGUUUCGAUACAAUAUAUCCAACAGAACCCCAAUAGCUCGUUCAAUUCUACGACCUUGCUCCACGCAAAACUCCUCUUGGAUAUGAUGAGGAGGGAUGUUGUUAAGUCAAAGAAACAGCAAUGCAUAACGAAUUAUUUUAAAUGA